GCAAUAUAGGAAGGAAUGAAAGUUUACACUUUACUCUGAGAAAGAUUUUUUUGCAAAAUGUCCACGGCCAUAAACGACGAAAUACAGAGCAUUUCAUGCCACAAUAUUCGUCCAUUGUUUUUACAUGGCUAUAUAGGACCAUUUGUUAUUCUAUAUGCUAUAUGGCUGUAUUCUUGGAUUUUUAUAUACGGUCUUGAGAGUUAUUUUGAAGCCGGUCUGAUCGUUCUCGCAAUCAUCGGUUUGUUGCAAAUCUUGGUGUCGCUAUUUUGUGUUUGGUCCGUUGAUGUCAGAUGUAGUCUUACAUGUUCUAAGGUCAAACACCCUGAUGAUGCUGCUUGGCUAAAAGUUGUACCAACUACAAAUAAUGGCUCAACAGAAUUUGUUAAAUUACACAAAGAAACAACUACAACACCACAUGAACUUUGGUUCAACUUCCAGAAAACCAGAUAUAUUUAUGAUCGAGAGGAAAAGAAGCAAUUUCUAUCAAUACCAUUCCCUGAUGAUAAGUCUAUUGGAUACUACAUGGACUGUAAAGGCUACCUGGAAGAGGAGGAAAUUAAACAUGCAGAAAAAUUUUAUGGUCAAAAUAAAAUGGAAAUGGAUCUGCCUAAGUUUAUGGAAUUAUUUAAGGAGAGAGCUACAGCUCCCUUUUUUGUGUUCCAAGUUUUCUGUGUUGGUCUGUGGUGCUUAGACGAGUAUUGGUACUACAGUGUGUUUACCCUGUUCAUGCUGAUUGCAUUUGAAGCCACACUUGUUCAACAACAGUUAAGAAACAUGUCAGAAAUAAGGAAGAUGGGCAGUAAACCCUAUCUUUUACAGGUGUAUAGAAACAGAAAAUGGAGACCUAUUAUGAGUGAUGAGUUAUUGCCUGGAGACAUUGUAUCUAUAGGUCGUUCACAAGAUGAUCGUGUGAUACCAUGUGACAUGCUGUUGCUACGAGGACCAUGUAUAGUAGAUGAAGCCAUGUUGACUGGAGAAUCAGUGCCUGUAAUGAAGGAAUCAGUAGAAAAUAUAGACAGGGACCAUAUAUUAGAUAUGGAACUUGAUGGAAAACUUCAUGUACUGUAUGGUGGAACUAAAGUUGUACAACAUACACCACCAAGUAAAACAGGGGCAGGUCUGAAAGCUAGUGAUAAUGGAUGUAUUGCCUAUGUUAUUCGCCACAGUUUUAGCACAUCUCAAGGGAGGUUACUCAGAACUAUUUUGUUUGGUGUGAAACGAGUUACAGCUAACAGUUUAGAGACUUUUGCAUUUAUUCUGUUUCUGCUCAUUUUUGCCAUCUCUGCAGCAUCGUAUGUUUGGAUCAAAGGUUCAGAGGAUCCAAAGAGAAAUCGCUACAAAUUGUUUUUAGAAUGCACAUUAAUUCUGACAUCAGUUGUCCCUCCAGAAUUACCAAUAGAAUUAUCAUUAGCUGUCAAUACAAGUUUACUAGCAUUAACAAAGUUAUAUGUAUUCUGUACAGAGCCUUUUAGGAUACCAUUUGCAGGAAAAGUUGAUAUAUGUUGCUUUGAUAAGACAGGAACACUGACAGCUGAUAAUUUAGUCGUGGAAGGUGUCGCCGGUAUCAAUGGAACAGAGAUAAUGCCUGCCAGUGAAGCACCGUUAGAAACAAUUCAUGUAAUGGCUACCUGUCAUAGUCUGCUGGUACUAGAUGAUGAACUUGUUGGUGAUCCUUUGGAAAAGGCCACACUGAAAUCUGUUGAAUGGAACUUAACAAAAGGAGAGACUGUUGUUCCUCAGAAGAAAAAGACACAUGGUCUUAAGAUCUACCAAAGAUUUCACUUUGCUAGUGCUUUAAAAAGAAUGUCUGUAAUAGCAGGACACACUCCAGCAGGCAGUAGUGAAACAGAAUAUUUAGGAGUGGUAAAAGGAGCUCCAGAAACUCUUCAGUCAAUGUUCAAGAAUUGUCCAGCUGACUAUGAAGAAGUGUACUUAGAGAUGUCAAGAAGAGGGGCCAGAGUUCUAGCUUUGGGAUAUAAGAAACUUGGAGUUCUGUCUCAUCAACAGGUCAGAGAUCAGACAAGAUCAACCAUUGAAUGUGAUUUGACAUUCUGUGGCUUUGUGAUAAUUUCCUGUCCAUACAAAGCUGAUUCCAAGUCUGUUAUUAAAGAGAUCAUUAAUGCUUCUCAUUAUGUAACCAUGAUUACUGGAGAUAACCCUUUAACUGCUUGUCAUGUGGCAAAGAAGCUUAAAUUUACAGAGAAAACCACACUGAUCCUGACACAUCCAAAUGAUAAAGAUUCUUCUUGGCAUUGGCAGUCUAUAAAUGACAAAAUCAUCAUACCACUAAAUUCCAAGAAUAUCAGGAAAGAUGUAAUUGAGAAGUAUGAUUUGUGUUUAACAGGGGAGGCAAUCACCUAUUUACAAACUGAGGAUCCCAAAUUGAUGAAGAUAUUGUUGCCAAAUGUUCGAGUGUUUGCCAGAGUUGCUCCCAAACAAAAGGAAGUUGUCAUAACAACUUUAAAAAGUUUGGGUUUUACAACACUCAUGUGUGGAGAUGGUACAAAUGAUGUAGGUGCCCUGAAACAUGCACAUGUAGGUGUUGCAUUAUUAGCAAAUGCCCCAGAAAAGUUACCAGAGAAGAAGAAAAGGAAGUCAGAGGAGGAUGGUGAAGCCAAUCACACAAUGAAUGACAGAGCUGGACCAUCUACAAUGAAAGGAAAACCAGGUGGCAGAGUAGCAAAACAGAGAGCAAUUGCAAGGGGAGAUAACUUGGCUCCAACACAGAAAAAGUUGGCUAACAUGAUGAAAGAAUUGGAAGAAGAUGAGAAAGCUCAAGUUGUCAAGUUAGGAGAUGCUAGCAUAGCUUCACCAUUCACAUCAAAGUUAUCAACAACUACAUGUGUUUGCCAUAUAAUCAAGCAAGGUAGAUGUACGUUAGUGACAACAUUACAGAUGUUUAAGAUCCUAGCACUGAAUGCAUUAGUCUUAGCCUACAGCCAGAGUGUUCUAUAUUUAGAUGGUAUAAAAUUCAGCGAUAGUCAGGCUACCAUGCAAGGAUUGCUGCUAGCUGGCUGUUUCUUAUUUAUAUCAAGGUCAAAGCCAUUGAAGACAUUAUCAAAGGAGAGACCUUUACCAAAUAUAUUUAAUUUCUACACACUUUUGACAGUGUUAUUACAGUUUGCAGUACAUUUUACAUGUUUAGUAUAUUUAGUACAGGGAGCAAAAGCCCUGACACCACCAAGUGAAGAUGAAUUUGUAGAUUUAGAAAGGAAAUUUUCUCCUAGUAUAUUAAAUACAACAGUAUAUAUUAUAUCUAUGGCAUUACAAGUGUCCACAUUUGCUGUUAAUUAUAGGGGGCAACCAUUCAUGGAAAGUCUAACAGAAAACAAACCAUUAUUAUAUAGUCUUGUAUUUUCUGGAGGAGCAAUUACAGCCUUGGCGAGUGGUACUGUUCCAGAACUUACAGAACAAUUUGAACUAGUCGAAUUACCAACAGAGUUUAGAAAUACAGUUUUACAGAUAUUAGCAGCUGACAUUCUAGGAUCCUUCCUUAUAGACAGAAUAAUGCGAUUCUUGUUUGGAAAGGGACAUCUACGAUCAACUUGAGAUUUGUUCAGUGUAGUCAAUGGUGCUUGCUCAAAAAAAAUGAAUUACUUGGAAAUUCAUAUUCUGUUGACAAAACCUCUUGACAGUUAUAGUAUACAUAUAAAAAAAAAUACCAUCAUGGAAUUGCAAUAUUAAAAUGAAAUAUUUUAUACAUUUUUUGUGGAGAAGACACUAUACUUUUUUUCUAUUUUGAUUAUUGCUCGUUUAUAAAAACCAUUCAGCCUGCCAGCUUGCAAGAGAUGGGUGUCAUGUUGAAAAAACUUGAAACCAAAAAAAUAAGUACAGCAGAUUUCUAUUAUAUUGUUGUACAGUUUGUUGGAUUAAUUUUUGUGGAUUUUGUUGAAAUACAGGAAGCAUUUAGUUACAAAAAAUAUUAUUUACAAAAGAUAGACAUUUUUGUCCUGAAAACCAUGAAAUCAAGUUUUCAAGAAAGCACAAUACGCUCGAUCCACAAAAAUUGGUUCUCUACGAAAAAUAACUCAAUAUUUUAUUGUCUCUUUGGACUUUAAUACUAUAAAAAGAUACUACGUACAUAAAUUUCCUUAGUGCCUGUAACUUAUUAAAAUGCUGCAAUAUUCAUUUUUAGCAAAACCAUUUUCAUUGCUCAUUAUUUUUGCACCACUUGCCCCCAUACUUUUUAAUGUACCAGUAUAUUUUAAACAAAUUGAAAGUUCUUAAGUAGUAAAAACCUCUUGAAAUCUCCCACAAAUUAAAUUUAAAAAAAAUUAUUAUAAAUCUAUCAAAUAAUAUCCUUCACAAGACAGUCUGUCAGAUGACAGUAUUUAUACCUUUCCAUUGUGUUUAACAUACAUGCUUUAGGGCUUCACACUUCUUGUAUUUAAUGCAAAAUUGCUAUACUGCAAAAUUGGCCUCCUUUUUAGAUCUUAUGAAAUAUUUAGAUAUGUGCCAAGGCUUUACCUAAAAGAUAUUUUGAUACAAGUUAUAUUAAUAAGAUGUUGAUGUGGGUAAAAUCUCUUUUUGGGUAAGCCUUGGCUCAAUUAGCUUAAUUUUAUCAAAGCUAUGUAUACAAUAACAAUUUAAGGUAAAAUAUGUUAAUUUCUUUAUGACAUCACUGAUCUUUCUUUAUUUAUAAAGUUUCCCAUUUUAAAUAAAUGUUUGUUAUUUUAAAUAAAACUAAUACAAUUUGAAAAAAAUGAAGAAUUUUACAUUUUUUUAAUUUCAGACGCUUGAUAAUGGCUCUUAUCAUACCUACUUCUCUAUAAGAUGAAUAUUUCUAAAGUUUAUGAUAACAUUUGUUUGGAUAAUACACUGAGGGCUUUUCAAAUAAUUAUGUGGUCAAUUAUAUAUAUAGUCACCAUACUUUAAUCCAAAUGGUUUAUAUAUAUUAUAAGUAAACAAAUUUUAGGACCUUUGGCGAAAAACAGCAUAAAUUUGAAUAACUACCAAAACUGAUGAUUAGUGUAUUUUUUCUGAAGUUCAAGUUUUAGCCAAAGUUUUCUCAAGAGAUAACAAUUUUUUUACUGGAUGACUGAAAAAAAAAAAUGGUUAUAGAUUGUUUAAUAUUAAUUUUUUUUAUUCUUCAUUCCAAACCCCUUACAACUAUAAUGAUUUGCUUACCUUAUUAAUCCUUUGAUUGCAAAACAGUUUUUUUUUUACUGAGUCACCAGAAAUGAUACAUAUACUUAUUUGUUUUAACUGACAGAAAUGCUUUUUUUUAUAUUUUCAUAACGAAAAUAUAUAAAUACAAGUACAUCAUACAAAUUUGCCUGUAACUUUUCUGUCAAGAGUGGGAGAAAUGGUAUCAUUUAUUAUUGCCUGAUAACAUAUUUUUAAAAAUCGUAAUGUAUUGUUUAUGAAUUUAUUUAUUGUAUUGUCAACAAUGUAUAAUUUCAUAUUGAAAUCUCAAAAUAAAACCAGAAGUAUA